CGCAUGUCACCUAGCGACACUCGUUAGCGCGCGCACGCGACUCCUCCCUCUCUCUUCCGAAAACUCCUGCGCCUUUGACUGCUAAGAUGAUCAUACUUUGCUUAACGAUAUUUGCGAACAUUUUCAAGACUGGAUGGACUGGCACAAACGAGCGCACAUUCAUCGCAGUGAAGCCAGAUGGAGUUCAGCGCAGACUGGUGGGUGAGAUCAUCCUCCGCUUUGAGCGCAAGGGUUUCAAACUGGUCGGCAUGAAGCUCCUGCAGGCAUCAGAGGAGCAGCUCAGACAGCACUAUAGGGACCUGAGGGAGAAGCCGUUCUACGGUGGCUUGGUCAAAUACAUGAGCUCUGGACCCAUUGUUGCAAUGGUCUGGCAAGGGCUGGAUGUGGUAAAAACUUGCAGAAAGAUGCUUGGAGAGACAAACCCAGCAGACUCUCUCCCUGGCACUAUCAAAGGAGACUAUUGCAUUGAAGUGGGCAGGAAUGUGAUUCACGGCAGUGAUUCAGUUGAAAGUGCUCAGAGAGAGAUCUCAAUGUGGUUCGAGCAUCAUGAGUUGUUCUGCUGGGAAGAAUGCAAUGAGCACUGGAUCUAUGCUUGAAACCCAUCAUGUAACACUCACACACUUAUCAUAACAUACAGCUUCAUCUGCUCCUCUCAAGAGAAAACUCUGCUCAAGCCAUAAAUUGACAAAAAAAAAAAAAAACAGGAAAAGCUAGCUUGUGUUCUCAAGGUAACCUGCCUUUGUCCCUGAUAUCCAGUUAUUGGUCAUGCUAUAUUGAAUGUUUUGGUUUUCUUACUGCUUUCUUUGCAAAUGUUUAAUCUUCACAGAUAUUCACUGCAUUACUAAUCUUUGGUUGGUUGGUAAAUCAUGCAUUACUCUAAGAUAUUUUACUCAAGGUAUUUACAUCCAAUCGAAAGAUGUUGUUUACAUUUUUACCUCCAGCUUUUGAUAUGGAUAUGCUUCUUGCCAUCUUGAUGCACUCUGUAAAAAAAAAUACUUGUAUUAAUCAUGUCUCAAAAGGAAAGCAAUAAUGAAUGACAAAGGGACAAAGGGUUCUGAAUAACUGACCUGAAUAUCCCAGUAAUACUUUGUCUUACUCUAGUGCUUGGAAAUCAUUUCACCAAAGGGCGCCUUACUUUACAAAUAAAUUAUUCCUUUGUUCAUUGAC